GCAAUAGCUUGUGACUAUUUGUCUGUUAUGGCUUCUUCUUUGUCUAGUGAGCGUUCAUUUUCAUCUGGGGGAAUAACUAUCAGCAAGCAGUGCAAUCGUCUUGAGGGGGACAUUGUUGAGGCACUUCAGGUGCUGAAAUGUGCUAUUAGGAGUGACUUACUCCUCCAGGUGGCUGAAGAGGCUGAGGAGGAGCAAGAGGCGUUGGAAGAUGAGGGAGAAGGUGAGGAGGAGUGGGAUACUGCUUGA